CUGUCUAGUAAGGCCGACCCACAAAUUAAUUUACGCAAAAGGUAAAACAAGCGACUUUGAAAAGAUAUUCGUUAAAAUCCUACAGAAAAUGUUUUCAAAACAAACAUUAUUAUAAUCCUCUUUGCGUGGGUUUCGAGUUUGGGGCGAAUUUUUUUCUACCCGCUCCCCCUUCUAGUUUCCUAAUUUUUUCAGUUCACACAGGGAAGGUAUUCAUCAAUACGCAAUGUCAUAAGACCGAUUCUCGCUAAACAUAAUUUUAUGUUUAAAUCAUAUGGAGCUGUGGUGGUUUGCGCUGGUUAUUUGCUGUGCAUUUGCAUUGUGCAAAUUCUUACUGAUGCUCAUUCCUCCUGUAGUGCCUGCAAUCGACGUAGACGCAUCUGACGUGCUGGAUGAUGGGAGCCAAACAAAGGAAGAAGGCUAUAUUUAUAUUCCAACAAAGGGGAAAGGAGUACAAGCAGACAGAGUCAAAUGCUAUGAACCCGCUACAAUGAAAUAUCUUGGAUAUUUUCCGGCAUUGACCUCAGAUGAGGUCAGGGGACAUGUCAGGCAAGCAAGAGAGGCUCAAAAGGUGUGGGCAAAAAGUAGUUUCAAGCAACGAAGACAGUUGCUGCGCAUCUUUCUGAGAUAUAUUAUUGAACACCAAGAACUUAUUUGCGAGAUAUCGGCUAGAGAUACAGGUAAGACACUAGUAGAUGCUUCCUUGGGAGAGAUAAUGGCAACAUGUGAGAAGAUAACCUGGCUACUAAAUGAGGGUGAGCGCUGGCUGAAACCAGAGUACAGGUCUUCUGGAAGGUCGAUGCUCCACAAAUCUGCAAGAGUAGAGUUCCAUCCAUUUGGAGUCAUUGGUGCAAUUGUUCCUUGGAACUAUCCUUUUCACAACAUCUUUAACCCCAUGUUAGCUGCUGUUUUCUCUGGGAAUGCUAUUGUGAUCAAGGUCUCAGAGCAUGCAAGCUGGUCUGGCUGCUUCUAUUUUCGGAUUGUUCAAGCAGCACUUUUGGCAGCAGGAGCACCUGCAGAUCUGGUUCAUGUGAUUACAGGUUUUGGUGAGACUGGAGAAGCACUUGUCUCUUCUGUUGAUAAAGUAAUUUUUGUUGGAUCCACAGGUGUUGGGAAGAUGGUCAUGAUGAAUGCAUCAAAGACGUUGACACCAGUUACUCUGGAACUUGGUGGAAAAGAUGCAUUCAUUGUUUGUGAUGAUGUUGAUGCUCCUCAUGUCGCACAAAUAGCUGUCCGAGCUGCUUUACAAUCAAGUGGACAGAACUGUGCUGGUGCUGAGAGGUUCUAUGUACACCAAGAUGUCUAUGAAUCUUUUGUGGCUCAAGUAAUCAAGAUCAUAAAGUCUGUGCGUGUGGGGCCUCCUUUAGUUGGAACUGCAAGGUAUGAUAUGGGAGCAAUCUGUUUACCAGAGCAUGCCGAUAGACUCCAACUUCUUGUAAAUGAUGCUUUGGAUAAAGGUGCUGAGAUAGCAGUUAGAGGAAAGUUGUUUUUUGGAAGUUUGGGAAGUGACGUAGUGGGUCAAUUCUACCCACCUACGGUUUUACUUAAUGUGAAUCAUUCAAUGCGGCUUAUGCAAGAAGAGAUAUUUGGGCCAAUAAUUGCAAUUAUGAAGUUCAGCUCUGAUGAGGAGGCCAUAUCAUUGGCUAAUGAUACAAACUUUGGUCUUGGUUGUGCUGUAUUUUCUGGAAGUCAGCGCCGAGCAAGAGCAAUAGCAUCGAGGAUAUAUUGUGGAUUUUCUGCAAUCAAUGACUUUGCUUCAAACUAUAUGUGCCAGUCUUUGCCAUUUGGUGGAGUAAAGAACAGUGGAUUUGGAAGGUUUGCUGGGGUUGAAGGUCUUCGUGCAUGUUGUCUCGCAAAAUCAGUUGUGGAGGAUAGGUGGUGGCCAUACAUUAAGACCAAGAUUCCAAAGCCACUGCAGUAUCCUGUUGCAGAAAAUGCUUUCGAGUUUCAGGAGGCUCUUGUUGAAUUACUAUAUGGUUUAAGCAUUUGGGACAGGCUUAGAGGACUGACCAAUGUGAUCAAAUUUUUAACUGAACCAAAUAUUCCAGUUGCAACAACUGCAAAGAAUCUAUAAAGUAGUUAUAGAGUAACGGAACAUUUGUGCUGUUGGUCGAAUUUUGUUGAAAAACAAUUUCUAGGAGUGCUUCAAUACUGUUGGUUUGCUACCAUCUUUUAAAAAUGUGUAAAAGAUUCAGUUACUAGGAGUUGUUUCACGAAGGGAUUGGUUCUCCCAAGAGGUGUUCUUUCACUUCAAAGUAAUGGUCUAAAUACUGAAUGUUAUGCUCAUGUUUGAUCGAAGACAAUAGAAAUAUAACGAGUUUUUAAUGCAAGGGAUUAUUUUUUCUAAGAGGAGUAUUCAUUCCCUUUGAAGUAGCAUUAUAGAGACUGAACGCUAUUCGUGAUGAACAGAAAUGAGAACUUGUAAUUGUAAAAAAUGAAUGGUGUCAUGGAAUACCAGAGCCAAACUAAAGUUGGUGACAUUACUUUUUACAAGGGCUUUAUAAACUGAUUCCAUUUUGUGCAUGUCAAAAUCAAUAUAUUGGGAGAUCGUGGCUCAGGUUAUUCAA